AUGACGCCUGGUCUUGUUGAUUCCACUGUCCCCUCCCUGCGGCAGACUUCUCUUGACGCUUUGACACGAGGCUACGAUGACACUGUUCGAUUCUAUCUCAAUGGCACCAAGAUCGAGUUGAGUACAAUCGACCCUGAGAUCACUCUACUCGAAUACCUUCGAGGCAUAGGUCUUACAGGAACCAAGCUGGGAUGCGCAGAAGGAGGAUGCGGCGCAUGUACAGUUGUCGUGUCGCAGAUGAAUCCUACCACAGGAAAGCUCUAUCAUGCCUCGGUGAAUGCAUGCCUUGCGCCGCUGGUCAGCAUCGAUGGCAAGCAUGUCAUAACAGUAGAGGGGAUUGGAAAUACAGAGAAACCUCAUCCUGCUCAGCAAAGAAUUGCCAUGGCCAGUGGGAGCCAAUGUGGUUUUUGUACGCCAGGCAUCGUUAUGAGCCUAUACGCUCUGCUUCGAAACGACCCGGAGCCUUCCGAGAUUGAGAUCGAGGAAGCUUUCGACGGCAAUCUGUGUCGAUGUACUGGUUAUCGACCAAUCCUUGAUGCUGCGCAGAGCUUCAAUCCUAAGCGAACUUGCGGGAAAUCAAUCGCUAACGGUGGGUCUGGCUGCUGCAUGAACAGGCGAGAGAUGAAUGGCACAGCGAACGGGACAGCGCAUGGCGAGGCUAGCGGCGAGUUCAACAGCGCGGACAAGGUUCAGAAGAGAUUCCAGCCCCCUGAUUUCAUACAUUACGAUAAGGGCACCGAGCUAAUCUUUCCGCCGGCACUCAAAAAGCAUCAAUUCAAUGCGUUGGCUCUAGGUAAUGAGAGGAAGAGAUGGUACAGGCCAGUGACAUUACAGCAGUUGCUCGAAAUCAAACAUGUGCUUCCAUCUGCUAAAGUCAUUGGUGGUAGUACUGAAACACAGAUAGAAAUCAAGUUCAAGGCCAUGGAGUACACGGCAUCAGUAUAUGUUGGAGAUAUCGCCGAAUUACGACAAUAUGCAUUUCACCACGACUUUCUUGAGAUUGGCGGCAAUGUCGCUUUGACAGAUGUGGAGAUCAUAUGCGAUGAGGCGGUCAAGCACUACGGACCUGCCAGAGCACAACCGUUGGUAGCAGUCAAAAAGGCGAUUCGGUACUUUGCAGGGAGGCAAAUCAGGAAUGUUGGCACACCCGCCGGUAAUCUGGCAACCGCCUCUCCAAUUUCGGACCUGAAUCCUGUUUUUGUUGCGACAGAGUCAGUAUUGAUUGUAAAGUCGCUCAAGACAACUACGGAGAUCCCGAUGGGCUCGUUCUUCAAAUCCUACCGCGUUACAGCACUUCCUGAAGACGCUGUGAUUGCCAGCAUCCGAAUCCCAGUCUCAAGAGAAAAGGGCGAGUACGUACGGACGUAUAAGCAAUCCAAGCGCAAGGAUGAUGACAUUGCUAUCGUCAAUGCUUGUCUACACAUUGCAAUCGACGAUGGAGGGAAAGUGGAGGGCGCAGAUCUUGUUUAUGGAGGCAUGGCACCAAUUACAAUUCAAGCAUUUAAUGCCAUGGAGUUUCUUAAAGGAAAACCAUUCGCCGAUCAGAUUACCCUUGAAGGCGCUAUCAACGCGCUUGGUAAGGACUUUGACUUACGUUUCGGCGUACCCGGUGGCAUGGCGACCUACCGUAAGUCACUCGCUUUGGGCUUCUUCUAUAGAUUCUACUACGAUGUCCUCUCUAGGCUGGAGGGGACUACGAACAUUGAGAAAGACCUCAUUGCUGAGAUACAGCGGGAUAUUUCAACGGGCAAGAAGGACCAUGAUGUCAGCCUGGCGUACGCGCAAAAGGUUCUCGGUAAAGCAAAUCCUCACGUCGCAGCUCUCAAACAGUGCACUGGAGAAGCCCAAUACACGGAUGACAUUCCAAAGCAGAUGAAUGAACUUUGUGGCCGCUUGGUGAUCUCUACAAAAGCUCAUGCGAAGCUAGUUUCCGUUGAUCCCUCCCCAGCGCUUGCCUUGCCAGGCGUUGUUGCCUGGGUUGAUCGCCACGACGUGGUCAACAAGAAGGCCAACAUGUGGGGUGCACCAGUUUGUGACGAAGUGUUCUUUGCCGAAGAAGAAGUCUUUACCGCUGGACAGCCUAUAGGCAUGAUUCUAGCUAAUUCACCCCAGGAAGCAGAAGCUGGGGCUCGCGUUGUGUCGGUCAAAUAUCAGGAGCUCCCAGCAAUCUUUACAAUCGAGGAGGCGAUUGCGCACCAAAGCUUUUUCGAGCACUACAGAUACAUCAAGAAUGGCGAUGCAGAGUCGGCUUUUGCUAGAGCUGAUCAUAUCUUUGAAGGAAUCGCUAGAAUGGGUGGCCAAGAGCACUUUUUCCUGGAGACCAACGCAUGUCUGGCUAUUCCGAAGCCGGAGGAUGGCGAGAUGGAGAUUUGGAGCAGCACACAGAAUCCAACGGAGACUCAAGCGUACGUCGCGCAGGUGACUGGUGUUCAGGCAAAUAAGAUCGUUUCUAAGGUCAAGCGUCUAGGUGGUGGCUUUGGAGGGAAAGAGACAAGAUCCAUUCAGCUUGCAGCAAUUUGUGCCACUGCCGCUAACAAAACCAAACGCCCGGUGAGAUGUAUGCUGAAUCGCGACGAGGACAUUAUGACUUCUGGCCAACGCCAUCCUUUCCUUGGCAAGUGGAAAGUUGCUGUCACCAAGGAAGGUAGACUGCAAGCUCUCGAUGCUGAUGUCUUCAACAACGGUGGGUGGUCGCAGGAUCUCUCUGCAGCCGUUGUUGAUCGAGCAUUGACUCAUAUUGAUGGCUGCUACCAUAUUCCUAAUGUCUACGUUCGAGGUCGGAUCUGCAAAACGAAUACGGUCUCCAACACUGCAUUCCGAGGGUUCGGUGGUCCCCAAGGCAUGUUUAUUGCGGAGCAAAUGAUGGAAGAAGUUGCUGAUCAUCUAGGCAUUGCCGUGGAGAAGCUGCGGGAGAUUAACCUUUACCAACCUGAGCAGGAGACUCAUUUCAAACAAUCUCUCCAAGAUUGGCAUGUGCCUCUAAUGUGGAAGCAGGUUGUGGCAGAAUCUGACUACGAGAGGCGGAGAGAAGCGGUCGAUAGGUUCAACCAAGAGCAUAAAUGGCAGAAGAAAGGUCUCGCGCUUAUUCCGACUAAGUUCGGAAUAUCCUUCACGGCACUAUGGCUGAAUCAGGCUGGUGCUCUGGUGCAUGUCUACCAUGAUGGUUCUGUCCUGGUAGCUCAUGGAGGAACAGAGAUGGGACAAGGUCUUCACACAAAAGUGUCCAUGAUCGUGGCGGAAGCAUUGCAGGUACCUUUGGAGGCGGUAUACAUAUCAGAAACCGCCACAAAUACCGUGGCUAAUACCAGCUCAACCGCUGCCUCUGCAUCUUCCGACCUGAACGGCUAUGCCGCCUUUAACGCGUGUGAGCAGAUCAAUGCUAGAUUGAAGCCUUAUAGAGAGAAACUUGGUCCCGAAGCCACGAUGAAGGACCUUGCCCAUGCAGCGUAUUUCGACAGGGUGAACUUGUCAGCAAACGGCUUCUACAAAACUCCAGAGAUAGGAUACAUCUGGGGGCCAAACCCUGCUGAUCCUUCGCUAGAAAACACCGGAAAAAUGUUCUUCUACUUCACGCAAGGCGUCUGUGCCGCUGAAGUCAUCAUCGAUACUUUGACGGGCGACUGGAGUCCUGUCAGGACCGAUAUCAAGAUGGAUGUUGGCCGGAGCAUCAACCCUGCUAUCGACUAUGGCCAGAUCGAAGGUGCAUAUGUGCAAGGACAGGGUUUGUUCACUACAGAAGAAUCGCUCUGGAUGAGAAGCACGGGUCAGAUAUUCACGCGUGGGCCAGGGGCGUACAAGAUUCCAGGCUUCAGAGACAUUCCGCAGACCUUCAAUGUGUCACUGCUCAAGGAUGUUGAGUGGAAGAAUCUACGAACAAUUCAACGUAGCCGUGGGGUCGGAGAGCCGCCUCUUUUCAUGGGUUCCUCGGUCUUCUUUGCCAUUCGGGAUGCUUUGAAAGCAGCUCGAGAGCAGUGGGGCGACACCAGCGUAUUGAGCUUGAGGAGCCCUGCCACGCCUGAGAGGAUCAGGAUUAGCUGCUCGGAUCCGCUUCUGAAGAAGGCAGAGGUGGAACCAAGGGAUGGGGAGAAGAGCUUCUUCAUUAGUAUAUGA